GUGUUACGGUUAACUGGAAAACGUUAGCAUGCUAACUCGCUGUAGGGGGAGAAUUAACAACAAAUGACCAUAUUAGCAUUGACAUUGGCCACACAUUAGCAUGCAUGCACCGUAUUAGCGUUUAGCUCGAGCAUCGCUGUGCAUAUUACGUCUGACUCACACAGUGUAGCUGUAGACUCUUGUUAAGUAUGAUAACUUAAGUAUCAUGAAUUACGUAACUUUAUUUUCAAAAGCAGGGCUGUAAUUCAGUUUGGAGCAGCUCAUGUAGCUAUGUAGCCUAUGCCAUGAGACAAUACAUGACAUUAUGUUAUCCAGAUCCAUCCAACUGCAAUUUCAUAGUAAGAUCUUUUUAGAUUAGAUUAGAAACAACGGCAACAACAGUAAGAAGUUCAAAGGUCAGUGCCUUACAAUAUUCCUGGAAUCACACAGCCGUCAUGACUCCGACAAAGUUAAAGGGGAGAAUUUUUCUUUUUUCUUGCAAUACAUUGAUGUAACAUUUCUGUGACAGAUUUCUGAAUGCUUUAUGUUAGCAAUAGUGGCAUAUGGGUGCGACUAGCCUUAAUCUCACACUUUCAUCCUUGAUUUGAUUCUCCGACUUCAAACUGUUUCUGAAUUCACUGCCCUGAAUAUGUCACCGUUUCUGUAGCCUGUUUCCCUCAUAUUGCCCAUGAAUGCAUGAGAAAUGUGUUUUAGUGUAAUGCUUCAUGUAACCAAAACUCUAUAGAUGACCAGUUGUGAAAUAAAUCUCCUGCUUCUCGGUUACCUGUUUUCUUUAGUCAUGUCCCUUUAUUUGAUCAUCAAGCGCCUCUUGUUAUAAUGUCUGAUCCUUCAGUGCCAUUAGAAGCCACAGUCAAAUCGCUCAUGUUAAAUGACAGUGAUUCAUGUCUGCACACUUUGAUGGGCAGUGAGUCCAGUUCCCGACAUUGAAAGUGAACUCAGAUGUUGCGUGUUGUCAUUUUAUUUAGCACCGAGCAGAGUCUGCUUCUGAUUAAGGACGGUGUUCCUCGAGGCUCGGCAGCAGCACUGUCGCCCUGUGUCUCAUCUAGACUGAGGAUCAUGAAUCGCAUGCAACGGCAGAUAGAUCAGGCUCUCAAGUCUGUGGGUUUCUUUCUGUUUGGCGUUUAGCCAACCUACUCACAGACUGAUGCAAAAGCAUCAGUAAUUUCAGCAAAACACUUACAAGUUAUGUUUGAGAGAAGUCCAUUAGUAGCCUACUUAUGGUAGCUGUUUGUUGGGAGAAAAGGAGGAAAAUGUUUUAUGAAGCCACAAUGUCUGCAGACGGAAGAGAUGAAAACAGAAGACCGCAACUCGCAACCCCAUCGUUUUCUCUCCAAUUCCUGCCAAAAAUCUGGUUUCUUUUAAGCAUGGCCCUGAGCCUAAGCUAACAGUAACCCUGCAGUCACUGCCUGUGACCACACAUUAUGCUCUUUCCCUCACACUAUAAAUCAGCCUUACAAAUCUAGUAUUGUUGCGUCAGAUCAGUUUUAUUGUUUUGAUUUAUACUUGUUGCGGAGGUUAUCGAUAAAUGAUGUUGACCUUCUGCCUGAGUUGAGGUAUUACAAAACAUUCCUUCAAACCGGAAAACCGACUAUUUGCCACAUUUCAAAUCUGCGUACCUCACUGCAAGAAACUCGUUACCAUGUUUACGUGAGGUGGGUUACUGACGAUGGAAACAAAGAUUUCACACCCCAAUGUUUUGUUUCAGACAUUGUGUCUCAGUUAGUGAAACUGCACUGUACACAUUUCUUGAAUCGGUUAAUCCCACAUCAACGCGUCAGGUAUGUAAAACCCAUAUGGGAAGAAUGCAUCACUGUGAUUGCAUUCUUUUGAAUCCUAUUUUCUGUGUCAGUUCUUCAGAGAUUCUGUCUGUCAACGGCAUGUUAAUGUGCCAGAUGUGAAAUAAAUAUAUCCCAUCCAAACUGAAGUAUUCCCCACUGUACGGCGAUACAUGUAUGCAAUACAUGUUAUAGCCAGAUUUCAACUCCAGGCAAUGUGUUUGUGAGUGAAUGUGUGUUGACUACACUCAGGGGAGAUCUGCCACAUCUGUGAGUUUGUCCACAGUAGCUGCUGGGUCAGAUGCUUUACCUCGCUGUCGUCAUCGUCACUCUCCUCACCCCUGUUAGUCUUUGUCUGUAUUUGUCCUAAUUUCAUUCUGCAUUUCACCCCUGCAGCUUUUUAAAAAUCUUUUGUGAUUUGGUUUUCGCUAUCACCCUGGUUACGGUUGUUUGCUCCAUUCCACCUUGCUCCUGCUUUCCCUGUCUCUCUUCAUAUCUCCUCUCGGGAUGAAUUCUUCUCAUCUGUUUCUUUUAUGUCCACCCCCUUUCGAUUUCCCCUCCUAACCUACAAGUAGUACUCCUCCCUUCUUAUUUUUCUCCUCCACCUCCCAUGUUGUCCUCCCCGUCACUCAAUCCCAUCACUGACCCAAUUAAACAUGGGGAGGGACACAGCAGGAGGAGUGUGACGGAGGUAAGGCGAGAAAAGAGAGGGGGAGAGGGAGGACGGGCAGAGAGAGUCGAGAGACUUUGAGAGUCAUUUGCCGGAAAAUCGCAGCGAGGGACAGAGUCGCAAAACAAUUGCUGCCAACCUGCCAGGACAAACACGGUGAAUUGUCCGAACUUCACCUGGAACUUAAACAAGCUUUGACAGCCUCGGAGGCAGUGGGGGUGGAGCGGCGGGUCGACAUCCUCUCUGCCUCGCGCUCACUGUCCACGGUGGAGGUACGAGGAGAGGAGCAUCCCACCCUCAGGGAAGGAAGCGGGCGGGGAGCCGUGCAUGCAGAGUUAGGAUGGAGGAAUACCGGCAUAUAGAAGGGGACUGAAAGGAGCUACCGAAAAGACAGUCCAUUCCUGGUUGAAGCUGAGAGGUGGGGGGGCCGGGGGGAGGAAGGUUGUUGCCCCGGGGUAAGAGGAAGAUUUUGGUUGACAGAAACGGAGAGAGAAGAAGAAGGAGGAAAGGAUGCAUCUGUUCCUCAAAGAGAAGUGGGAGGUGGAGGGGCUGCAGACUGUGGGCAUCCUCCUGGUGGUCUGCAGCUCCCUCAAACUGAUGCACUUUCUGGGGCUUAUCGACCUUUCCACGGCAGGUAAGGGGAAUGACAGCGUGGAAGAUGACUUUGAGUUAUCCACCGUGUGUCAUCGCCCGGAAAGCAUGGACAAGCUGGAGGAGCAGACUAAGUUCACCAAGAAGGAGCUGCAGGUCCUCUACAGGGGCUUCAAAAAUGAGUGCCCCUGUGGUGUGGUGAAUGAGGAGAAUUUUAAGACCAUUUACUCCCAAUUCUUUCCACAGGGAGAUUCAAGUAUGUAUGCACAUUUCCUGUUUGAAGCCUUCGACACUAACAAGAACGGCUCAGUUAGCUUCGAGGACUUUGUAUUUGGCUUGUCUAUCAUCUUGAGAGGGACCAUUAAUGACAGAUUGAACUGGGCAUUCAACCUCUAUGACCUGAACAAAGAUGGCUGUAUCACCAAAGAGGAGAUGUUUGACAUCAUGAAGUCCAUCUAUGACAUGAUGGGGAAGUACACAUACCCCACUAUGCAGGAUGAUAUUCCGAGGGAACACGUGGAGAGCUUCUUCCAGAAAAUGGACCGGAAUAAAGACGGGGUUGUCACUAUAGAAGAGUUCAUUGAGUCGUGCAAAAAGGAUGAGAACAUCAUGCAGUCCAUGCAGCUGUUUGACAACGUCAUCUAGGCACCUGGAACGGGAACUUCUUGUGUAAAAGAACACUGGAGGGGUGUGUGUGUGUGUGUGUGUGUGUGUGUGUGUGUGUGUGUGUGUGUGUGUGUGUGUGUGUGUGUGUGUGUGUGUGUGUGUGUGUGUGUGUGUGUGUGUGUGUGUGUGUGUGUGUGUGUGUGUGUGUGUGUGUGCCUUCAGGGUACCAGGAGCCCCAAUGACAUUUCUCCAAGCGACAAAAGAGUUCCCCCGAGCCCUGUCCUCAUCAUGCAGAACCUCAUUUUCACCCAAAAGGCACAGACGGCCUCACGUGAACGGUCACAUGCAAGCUCACCCACCGGUUUGAUUUGACUAACUUUUAUUUAUUGCCAUUAUGGAUGGAGGAACUAUCCCAGCUCGUAAUAGCUGAACUCAGAGGAAGCAAGUUGCCUCCAAACCUUCUAACUCAUUGUUUCCAGCGGUGGCAGACAUCUGGAUUGGUGAAUCUGAUCCUGACUCUUGAGAAUGUGGGUAACACCCCCCCCUCCCCCCACCAGGGGACUGCUGGUGGUCAUUAAAGUAGAUAUUUACCACCCUCUUGUGGACAAGAGCGAGAAAGACACUCAAAGAAGCUGACUAAUUGAGGUGAUUUUUACAGAUGGAUGCUCAACCGUGUUGUUUUCCAUCCGGAACAGAUUACAAUAUCGCAUGAUGAUGUCACUAAUAUCCAAUUAUGUAUUUACAGAGAUACUCCAACAUAUGUUUGCCUGUCCGCUGUUCCUAGUCAUUCACAGGUGCCUCACCCUUUGUGUACGUGUGUGUGCAUGUGUAACAAGAGUUGUUAUCCAACUUACUUGUGUAAGAGUCUGAUAGUACAACACCAACCUCCAUUCAUGGGAUUUUGGUAGAAUAAUUCCGAGCCUUCUAAACGAUUACCGUCUUAGCUGUAGGGGUCUACUGACUGUUGUACAUUUUCGAGUGAUCUUCAGCAUUAAAAAGACGGGACUGCGAUAGUGGUUGAGGAGCCGUUUUUGCCCAUUUGUGCUUCUUUCAACACAGGACAGGCAUAACACAAUCGUACUAGUCUAUCGAUGUACAUUCAAGGGAAAUGUGUUAGAUUUCAGAUCGUAUUCGUGAACUUCUUGUAAUUGGAGCGGUCCUGUGGCUGUAGCAGGUUCUACCACUUAAGAAAAUUUAAAAAAUGAAAACCCUGAUCCCAUUUAAUUAGGAUCAUUCAAUUUAAAGAGGCGUGUGUGUGUGUGUGUGCGUGCGCACGGUUUGUGAGAAAGACAUGGUUUAAUUGAGUUUUUUAUGCCCCCCCAUGCAGUGUUCUCCCUCUCUGUAACACCAAAGAGAACUUAAAAAUAAAGAGGUACAUAAAGCCACUCCGAGUUAAGAUAUUUGACCCAACUGUGGGUAAGAGGGGGAGAUGCUGUGUAGGAUGUCGGGCAAGGGGCAAUCAGAGAUAUGAGGAUAUCCUUUAGCACAGUGACGAUGGGGUUCACCUACACAUUGACCAAACUGAAGUGUAGUUUUAUGUUGCAAACCACGACCUUUGAAGAAUUUGUUAAUUGAAAUGAAGUUAUCCUGCGGUCAGAGUAAAUUUGUCCUUAUUAAAUAAACAUAGCAUUUUUUCUAACUACAAUGGUGCAAGUAAAAUUGUUUAAAUGCAGACAGGCUGACAAUGGCAAUAAUAUUCUCUACCACCUAACAGCAGCCCUCGACUCAUUCCACCUCUAAAUCGUCUCAGCACAGUACAGGGUGCGUUAAAGCCCUGAUGAAAAUAUGCACUUCCAAUCUGGACAUUUUCUGUUCUGUUUUUUUUCCCCCUGGGUAAAAAGUGGUUUGGCUCUGAUUGUUCCUUGCCAAUAGUUUUUUUUAAUCUUCUAUUCCUGAUCACAAGUAAACCUGUCUAAACCCGCAUGUACUGUGUGUUGAACUCCUACUAACCUGUUGUACUGACUGUCUAGUUAGCUAAAUAAAGUGUAUAUUUUGUACAGAGACAAUAAAAUUCAGUUACUAUGCAAAAAUGGA